AUGGCGCGUGAUGGUCCUCUUAGAUCUGAUGCCACCAUUAUUUCUGAUGAAAAAAAGGUGGGGACAGAGAUGAGAUCUAUUGCAUACUUUGUCCCAGUUCAUACCACAAAUCCCAUUCACUACUCAUCACGAGAAUAUCCCUUGGAUCACAACUAUACAAAGGCAAAAGUAUAUUCAAUUCAAAUUCACUAA